CGGAUCAGAUCAGUUAAUAAUCGGGUGGAGCAUUGAGAACAGACAGCUGCGUGGACUUCUCACUGUCUGUGUGGGCUGUACAUCCGUAUGCAGGCGCGGGUGUGUGUGUGUGUGUGUGUAUGUGUGAGUCCACCCAACACACCAUCUGUCAGAAGUUUGAGACCAAAGGAAGAGUCCUUCAUCAGGAGUUGAGUUACUUUCCUGAAAGACCCAACUGCAUUUAGUCAUUGGAGUUUUCUUAAAAAGAAGGUGAAUAAACUUCUGUAGAGUUUUGGUGCACCCUUCCAGCCAGGAUGAUUCUGGCCACACUGAAGGACAUUGGGAAGCAGCUUCUGCGAGUGAAGGUUGUCGACUGUAACACGGAGGAUUCCCGCUUGUCUCGAUGCCUAAAUACGUUCGACCUUGUGGCGCUGGGCGUGGGCAGCACGCUGGGUGCUGGAGUCUACGUGCUGGCUGGUGCUGUAGCCCGGGACAGCUCUGGUCCUGCCAUCGUUCUGUCCUUCCUCAUUGCCGCCCUCGCCUCUGUACUGGCUGGCCUGUGCUACGCCGAGUUUGGAGCCAGAGUUCCCAAAACUGGCUCUGCUUACCUCUACAGCUAUGUGACAGUAGGAGAACUGUGGGCCUUCAUCACAGGCUGGAACCUCAUCCUCUCUUAUGUCAUUGGAACUUCAAGUGUGGCCCGAGCGUGGAGUGCGACCUUUGACGAGCUGAUUGGACGGCAGAUUGAGGCGUUCUGUAGACGAUACAUGACCAUGAACGCCCCGGGAGUCCUCGCAGAGUACCCAGACAUAUUUGCUGUCUUCAUUAUCAUCACUCUGACGGGACUGCUCGCAUUUGGAGUGAAGGAGUCUGCCAUGGUGAAUAAAGUCUUCACAUGCAUCAAUGUGCUCGUGCUGAUGUUUGUGAUCAUCUCUGGAUUGAUCAAAGGAAACUUAAAAAACUGGAACUUGAACCCUGAUGAAAUCCUCAAUGCCACCUACAACUCCAGCCUCAACAUUUCUGUACCUCUUCCACCCAAAGAAACUCUGGGUGAAGGGGGCUUCAUGCCGUUCGGUUGGAGUGGAGUCCUCUCUGGUGCUGCUACCUGCUUUUAUGCCUUUGUUGGGUUUGACUGCAUUGCCACUACAGGAGAAGAAGUGAAGAAUCCCCAGAGGGCCAUUCCCAUAGGGAUCGUGGCCUCGCUCCUGAUCUGCUUUGUGGCGUACUUCGGCGUGUCUGGGGCUCUCACCGUGAUGAUGCCGUACUACUUGCUGGACAAGAACAGCCCUCUGCCCGUGGCCUUUAAGUAUGUGGGCUGGGAGGGAGCCACUUAUGCAGUGGCCAUCGGCUCUCUGUGUGCUCUGUCGACCAGCCUACUAGGCUCCAUGUUCCCAAUGCCCAGAGUGAUCUGGGCGAUGGCAGAGGACGGCCUGCUCUUCAAAUGUUUGGCCAAAAUCAGCCCGAGAACCAAAACCCCUCUAACAGCCACAGUAACAUCCGGUAUUGUUGCAGCUAUCAUGGCUUUCCUGUUUGACUUGAAGGACCUCGUUGACCUCAUGUCCAUCGGUACUUUGCUGGCCUACACUCUGGUGGCUGCCUGCGUGCUGGUCCUCAGAUACCAGCCUGAGCAGCCCAGUGUGGCCUAUGAGAUGGCCAACACUAACGAUGAAUCCGAGCUGACCGAGUCUUUCAACGAGGGGAAGAUGGACAUGCUCCCUCAACCUGACGAUCACUUCACCCUGAGGAAUCUCCUCAUGCCUUCAAACACGGAGCCGUCCCCUCUGUCUGGGUUUGCUGUCAAUAUUUGCACCAGUAUCAUCGGUGUUUUGGUGUGUGUGUUCAGUAUCGUAGCCGUUCAGGGAGGUCUGGCAGCCUGGUCCCUGUGUGUCCUCUGUAUAAUUGUGGUGGUCUGUAUGAUCCUCACCUUCAUCGUGUGGAGGCAACCGCAGAGCAAGACCAAGCUGGCCUUCAAGGUUCCCCUGCUACCCAUCCUCCCAGUUGUCAGUUUGUUCAUAAACGUCUAUCUGAUGAUGCAGCUCGACCGAGGAACCUGGAUGCGUUUUGCCAUUUGGAUGGUUUUUGGAUUCUUUAUCUACUUCGCCUACGGCAUCCGAAACAGUGCAGAGGCAGUACUGACCAAGUCUGCGCCGGGAUGCACGAUAAAGGGCGAGCCCAUGGCCACUGAGAAAGAGGCCUUCAUACCACACUCACUAAAUAUCAACGAAGAGGAUGAUGAAGACUCCUGAGGAGACGGGAGGUUCACUUUCUCUGUUCUGCCAAUCAAACAAUGAAAUUUGUGAAAUUCAGGAGACACAUGAGACUUCAGUGCAGCUGUCCAACCUGAGUGUUGAGCUGUUCGCCAAAUCUUGUCCAGAGGGAAUUUUAAAGUGGCUUUUUGAAAGCCCUCACAUCUUUUUAUUCUUCUGAAUUCUGAGUCCAAACUUUUUAAAACGACAAGAUGGAUCUGCUUAUGACUUAGAUCCAGGAUUUUAUUCUGGAGGAUUCAUUUGGUUGUCUUUUUUUGAAUUUUUGCAAACUGACUCGAUCAAUUCUACUGUACACCGUUAAUUCUGUAAAACCAAAAGCAAACACUUGUAGUUUUAAAAGUGUCUUUUAUAGACCUUUAUGUUUCAAGGAUGUUUUUGAUGUUCAACUACAUUUUAUCUUGAGAGUUAUGCAGUUUAAACUGCUCUCCAAGCUUUUUAAUAGCUACCUUUUUAAUCUACAUUAGCUAUUUAAUGAAAAAUCUAUUUAUUAUAUCCCAGAUCACAACAAAAGAUAUUAAAAAAGACAACAUGAGCAAGAAAAUAAUGUUUUCAGAUAUCAGAAACCUGGUGAAUAUCUGUCACGUGUUGCUUUAGGCGGAGGCACAGUGCCGGCUGCUGUGUCCUAAUCCAAUGAGCAUUAUUUUAAAAAAUAAGAUCCCAUAAUUUCACUCCUGCAUCAACUGCCGACGUGUUCUCAAAGCCAGCUGAGAUUGUCACUGUAUCUUUGGGUCCUUUUGUGUUGCAAGUUUACCUCAAAGGUACGUCUUGUGUGUAGAUACUGAACUCCUGCGAGAGUGCAGCUAUGUGCCUGUUCUUUAUGCUAUAACUCAGAGAAACGGUGCUCUCUAAAAUCUGGUACAGUGCUGUGUGAUCAGCUUAUCUCAAUGUUAACGUGGAUCUAUCUUCUCGCUGGUCUCCUCAGUGCACAAAGUAACAUGUGAUCAAAUUCACAGUCCUGUGUUGUCUGCAUUGGGAAAACGCACCUUGUUAACCAGCCAAAGACAAAAGCUGCUUAUGUGAGCUGUUAAAGCUCAUCCACUUCAGUGGAUGUAUUCAAAGUGCCUGUUUCCCAAAUGAAUGUUACACCUCUUUAGAGGUCGGAUCAUGCUGUACCAGCGGUAUCAUUGUGAAUAUAUGUAUUGUUUGUAUAUAGUGCACAUGUUGUGGAAAACCCAUAUUUAUAAUGUGUGAAAAAGAUGUCUCUAGAGAGGAACAUUGUCAGGUUUCACACACUUCUGGAUCUAGGUCAAGUUCAGUCAGUCGGGGACAUUGAGCACCUGCAGCUUCCUCGAUUUGUUUUGCUUGCUUUUAUUUUUUAAAGCCUAAAGUUACUCUGUACUCAGAAAUAUUGCAGCAACAAAAAACGUGUAAAAUAGAAAGCAGCAUGAUAUCUGAGCCACCUCUGCCAGUCUGACAUAGUUCUCCAGUUAUACAAGUAAACACUGAAGUGUGUGAAAAUUCAGCAGCUACAAUCUCUCAUAAGUCAGUGAAUUACUCUAACAGUAGCGUUGCUGCAGCGCACAGAUUUUAAUUAAUAUCAGAUAUCUUUGUAAGUAAACAGUGAAUUGUACAUACCAUAAAGUUGAGCAACCAGCCUUCCGUUAAAGUGGGAAACGUGUCAUUCAGCUGCAAACAUCACCGUUUUUAUUUUUUCUGUAUUAUAUAUUUGAAAUGCUUUAUUACCUGUUUUUACAUCGUGUUUUUUUCCCCUCUUUUUGUAAAUACAUGUUUCAUUUUGCUUUUAGGUUUCUGCUUUUGUUACAGCUCACCAAGUAUCACACAGCUUUCAUCCAUGAAAUCUUUUGUUACCAAAUGAAUAACACUAAUACCAGCAGGUUUAAAUGUAUCUUAAGUGUUACAAAAAGCAGAUGUUGUAUAUUUGUAUAAAUGGGCAUGUGUCCAUUAUCUACCUUUUCAGCUGGGUGGAAUACUUCUAAACACUUGUCUUUCACAGAAUGGUAUUAAGCUUUUGUUAUGGCUGCUGUAAGUGUCACUAUUACUUUCACAUCAUGUGUUAUGCUUCAUCAUAGUUGUAUCCUGUACACUCAGUUUUACAGAAACCUUUGCGUGCUGCAUCAUUUGAAAGCUUUACCAUUUUCAAAUCAUCUUGAGGAUUUUACAGAGGUAUUUUUUUACUGGUACUGUUCAUCAGAAAGAGGUUUACAGUGCAUCAUUGUGGUGACGGUCAGCUGUUCACGGUGUGCUGUCUUUAUGUUGGUUGUGGUUUGUAAAGCUCCUGCUGUAAAUAAACGAAGCUGAAAGUAAAAACCA